AAAUCAAGGGGCGGAUCGGAUGCAAAAAAUCAUUGUAAAUUAGAUAGAUUUACUGGUAUCAGGGAUUAGGAAAUGUAUUUCAGUGGAGAAUCUCAUUUUUAUUCAUAUGUAAUCUAAAUAAUACGCAAAUUUCUAAAGAACAUAUAGCAUAAGGCUGAGGUUCCUGUGAAGAGUUUGUUGAACUUCAAUUUCGAAAUAAGGUCUUUUGGGGAGUUUUUGUCGGCUAGGCCUACCUCUACAAGCCCUUGUGGACUGUCCACCAUUAUGUCUGCCAAGAGAGGGGCUGAUAUGGACAGCGGAGUAAGUGGAGAGCCUCCUCUCAAGAAGGUUCAGUUUGAACCUAUACGAAUCGGCCCAAUCUCCACUUUGGAGGAGAUGGAUAUCAAAGUCCUCCAGUUUCAAAACAAGAAACUUGCUCAGAGACUCGAACAACGGAACAGAGUGGAGGCCGAGUUGCGUCAGAGGAUUGAACAGUUAGAAAAGCGACAAACACAAGAUGAUGCCGUUCUCAAUGUUGUCAACCGUUACUGGAAUCAGCUCAAUGAAGACAUCCGAGUGCUGCUGCAAAGAUUUGACGCAGAAACGGCGGAUGAGUCUGAGAACAAGAACGAGAGCGAAGCCACGACAUCAUUCUUGAUGCAGCUCUCCACUUGGGAUAAAGAAGAACUUGAUGAGAAGUUGGCCAAUCGAGUGCAAGUGUCAAAAAGAGCUGUCGCCAAAGUUAUCCAGGCGUUCGACAGACUAAUGCAGAGAAAUGAGAAAAUCACUUUGGCGCUAAAGGGAGAAUUGGAUGGAGAUGAAGCACCAAAUGUGGAUGAGGUGAUCCGACAAGCCAACAUAGAAAUCCAGGCGGAAAAUCGUAAUCUGCAAGCCCUGAAUACUUCUCUGCACAAGAAAUAUCACAGCAUUUCACUGAAGAUGGCAGAGCUGCAAGAGCGUGUGACAGGUAAAGAGACGGAGGCUGCAGAGGUGUUGAACCGUGUGGACGACCUGCAGUACGAGCUGCAGAAGGUGCAAUCUCGCAACGACAAGCUGGAGAACCACCUGGCGGAGGCCAUUGAGAAGAUCAAGACCUACCAACAGAUACAUGGCGACGAGAAGGGUCUGGUGAAGCCGGUCGUUACCACCACCGUGUCUCAGAAGAAGGAAAAAAUCCAGUCCCGUCCUGAAAAUCGGGAUGAAAAUAAAAAUCUUGUCCUUUCCUGUCCCGAACCAAAAGUUCAAUCCCGUCCAUCCAAAGUUCUAAUGAAAAUGGAAGAACUGCAAAAGGAGAUAGAAGAAACAAGGGAACUGGCCAACAAUCGACUACAGGAAUUGGACAAAUUACACUCACAACAUCGCGAAGCCCUGAAGGAAGUGGAAAAACUGAAAAUGGACAUCCGACAACUGCCCGAGAGUGUGAUUGUGGAAACGACGGAAUACAAGUGUUUGCAGUCGCAGUUUUCUGUCUUGUACAAUGAGUCCAUGCAGCUGAAAACCCAACUUGACGAGGCCCGACUACAACUACAGAGCUCCAAGAAUGCUCAUCUGCGCCAGAUUGAAAUGAUGGAGAGCGAGGAGCUGAUGGCGCAGAAGAAGCUGCGUACGGAGGUGAUCCAACUGGAAGAUCUGUUGGCCCAACUGCGCAAGGAGUACGAGAUGCUGCGGAUAGAGUUUGAGCAGAAUCUCGCGGCCAACGAGCAGACUGGACCUAUCAACAGAGAGAUGAGGCAUCUGAUCACUUCGCUGCAGAACCACAACCAACAACUCAAGGGGGAGGUGCAUCGGUAUAAGAGGAAAUACAAGGAUGCCAACUCGGAGAUACCCAAGAUGAAGAAGGAGAUUGAAGAGCUGCAGGGAAGGCUGAGUCAGCAAGGAGUGCAGGAAGUGAAGGAGUGUUCUAACCUGGAAUGCAAGGAGGAGGAGUCCAACCAAUCCGGGACCAUGCCACUGGACAAGGUGAAGGAGGAACCCGGAACAAGCAUCAAGAAGGAACCUCAGGACGAAGAACUGGAGGUCGAUGGUACUUCUACCUCGGAGGUAGACAAGGACAGCCAACUGACGUCUCCUACCAUCAAGAAGGAGAAGGACGGGGCUGCCGGGGCUACACCAGGUGCGCCGGGGGGUGCAGCUACUCCGGGGACCAAGCGUGAGGUGAAGAAGGAACAACACAGGGAACAACAUCGUGGAAAAAUGCCCGAUUCUGAGAUGGUGCGGGACCUUAAGGCUCAGUUGAAGAAAGCUCUGAAUGACCAGAAGGAGAUGAAACUGUUGUUGGACAUGUACAAAGGAGCCAGCAAGGAGCAGAGGGACAAAGUGCAGCUCAUGGCGUCGGAGAAGAAGAUGAGAGCGGAACUCGAGGAAACUCGUCAGCAGCUCAAGAAACUUCAGGAAAGUAAGAGAGAAGAAAGGAAGAAACUCGCUGAUGAGGACGCCUUGAGAAAAAUAAAGCAUUUAGAGGAGCAAGCGUACCAGCUUCAAAAGCAAGUUGCUACUCACAAACAGGGAGUGUGCUGGCAGGAGGAACAGGCGCUGCUGAAUGAGAUGGAAGUGACGGGACAAGCAUUCGAGGACAUGCAGGAGCAGAACAGUCGACUAAUACAACAGUUGAGGGAGAAAGACGAUGCCAACUUCAAACUCAUGACUGAGAGGAUCAAAAGUAACCAGCUGCACAAACUGGCGAGAGAGGAGAAGGACGUCCUCAAGGAGCAGGUUUCGACAUUGACGAUGCAAGUGGAGGCGACCAACAUAGUUGUACGCAAGCUAGAGGAGAAGGAGAGGAUAUUGCAGAACUCCCUGGCGACCGUGGAGAAGGAGCUGGCAUUGAGACAGCAGGCCAUGGAGAUGCAUAAACGCAAGGCUAUAGAGUCUGCGCAGUCUGCGGCUGAUCUCAAACUGCAUCUGGAAAAAUACCAUGCCCAGAUGAAAGAAGCACAGCAGGUAGUGGCAGAGAAAACGAGUGCUUUGGAAGCGGAAGCUUACAAGACGAAGAGACUUCAGGAGGAGAUUGUACAGUUACGAAGGAAAACGGAGCGGAUGAAGAAGAUAGAACUGGCAGGGACUUUGGACGAAGUGAUGAUGGAAGAAAUAAGAGAAUACAAAGAGACUCUAACGUGUCCAUCGUGCAAAGUGAAGCGAAAGGACGCAGUGCUGAGCAAGUGUUUCCACGUGUUUUGUUACGAUUGUUUACGUACGAGGUAUGAAACUAGACAGAGGAAAUGUCCGAAGUGUAAUGCCGCUUUUGGAGCAAACGACUAUCACAGGUUAUAUCUAGGGUCGUAAACCUCAAAAGGUUCUAUCCAAGUAUCGUUAUCAAGCUUGCUACAAUGCUAUGCAUUUUGCUAAGUGAGCUAGUCUGUCCGUACCCGGGUCUGAUUGUUAAUCCUCUCGAUGUUUCUGUUGUAAGAAAUGUGUCAAAAAGAAUUUCAUAUGUUAAACAUAAUCGCAAAUCCUUCUUUUCUAAAGUUCCUGUAUUGCCAGAUUUGGUUACUGAAAGUUAUGUUUGUAGGUAAUUUUUAACUAUUUGCGUUAGUGCUAAAUCAACUCUUAGUUAAAUUAGGAUUUUUGUUGCUUGUUUUUUUUUUAGUUUGGGUGUCAUAACAAAUGUCUGAGAUUGUCAGUAAGUUAUGACCAAAUUAAUUUUAAAUAACCGUGGACUGGUGGUUUUGAGUUAAAGAAGAAGAAACAAGUUGCAUUAACGAUGUUAUUUAGUUAAUUAAGACAUUUUUUCUGAGUUAACUUGUACAGAUACACUUUUAUUUCUACUUCAUUUUAAUUUAUGUAGAACUUUAUCCUAGCUACCAAACACUUAUAUAUUAAAUAUUUUAAAUGUAUAAACAAACCAACGAUUAUUGUUAAUGUUCAGUGAAUGCACCAUUGUCGCCAAAAUUAAAAUUUCUUAGAGACAAAUUUUAUAUUUCUAUAGAUAGCCUUUAUGUUAGAUUAUUUACAAACAAAAACAUUGAAGUUCAGUGAAUCUCGGACUUAAAAAAAGGUGAACAUUCUUAACUUCAAUCCACCAGCACAUAGAUAAAAAACUUUAUUUUUGGAACUGUUUUUAAAGAUUUUAACUGUUUAUUUUAAAGAGUAUUUUGUGUUUUAUUAUUUUGGGUUUUAAGGUGUCAGUUACUUUAUAGUGAAACAUGAUUAUUUGGGUUUGUCUAAUCGAAGCUAGUCGAUUUUGGUCCAAGUUAAAACUAUUGUUACUUAAAUUUAAUGUAACAUUGUACGAUUAAUUAAUUGUCUUCUCAUUAUAUUGAUUCAAAAAAUCUUUCUUAACUGAAUGUAGGCCUAUUACAUUAUCUCAUAUAGGUUGCAAUUUUUGGAAUAUUUUAAGGUAAUAUUUUUAUAUCUUAACCAAGUUGGAAGCAUUCAAUUUUUUUGUUGAAAAACAAGGCUAUUGUGUAGAUUUUAAAGUAUGUAGAAAAUAUUAUCUUCUUAAUUAGUCAAACUGUUUUAAAAUAAGAACGUAUAAUUAGUUACUGUUACUGAUCAAUUAUAUCAUUAUACAAUUACCAGUUAAACAGCAUUAAAUUAAGUUUUUAAACUGAGA